UGUUCCUUUCAAAUGACUGAUAACAGCGCUUUGGACUUUUGCUUCUGAGAAUAUUUUUUAGAAUUCACUUUUGAGCUUCGACCUCCUAAAAUAAAGAGACGUGGUUAUUAUCUUUAAUAUAUAAAGUUGCGCCUGUUUUCCCAACAUCCUCCGCGGCGGAUGAAGUCUGGUGAAAACGGCCAUGUCGUGGUAGACAGCUUAGGUUCGAGCUGCAGGAACUUCUGUGCGCGUCUCACGCAGUCAUUCAUUCGUGUUAUGUGGUCUAAAACCUGUGUUUCUGGAGAAUAAAGACCGUGGACUUUUCUUUGGACAGCAGCUGCAUUCUACCGAGGCGUUUUGAAAAGCCAGACGCAAACAUGAGCGGAGGAGGAACACCGUACAUCGGCAGUAAGAUCAGCCUGGUGUCCAAGGCCGAGAUCCGCUAUGAAGGAAUUCUCUACACCAUUGACACGGAAAACUCAACCGUGGCGCUCUCGAAAGUUCGCUCUUUUGGCACUGAAGAUCGGCCAACUGAGAGACCUGUUCCUCCCCGAGAAGAAGUCUUCGAGUACAUCAUCUUUCGAGGGAGCGACAUCAAAGAUCUUACAGUUUGCGAACCACCGAAAGCUCCCUCCUCUCUGCCCCAGGACCCGGCCAUUGUUCAAUCAUCGAUGUCAACAAGCAGUGCAGCAGCCCCCUCAUCUUUUCAAGCAGCUGCACCGUAUGCACCCUUCAACAGAGCCCAGGUCCAGCAGUUUGGGCAGUUUGGUGUUGGGCCGCUUGCAGGACAGCCGUUUACUGCUGCAAGAGGAGAACACGCAACUCCCUCGCUGGACUCCUUCUCCAAGCCUCAGACGUUGGAAAACACUGUUCCAGCUCAAGCUUCGACUGCUGCAGCUCCUCCUGCUCCUGUAGGGCAGCGGACUCAAACCGCUCCCUCUGCUCCCCGGCCGAGCAACACCGCUGCCAGCGGCCAGAAUCCCCCCGACCUCCUGGAUCAGAGGAAAGUUUCUGAAGCACCAAAAGCUGCACAACCAGAACAUGAACAUGCAGCUGGUGAAAAUAGAGAUUCUCAAAGGCAUCAUCAUCAUGGUGCUGCAGCUCAGUCCAUGCGCCGCGGCCGUGGAAGAGGCAACCGCAGUCGAGGCAAGGUGAACAUGCGCAGGGAUGGGCUCAUGAAGUUUGAAGAGGAUUUUGACUUUGAGACUGCCAACGCUCAGUUUCACAAGGACGAGAUUGACAAGGAGCUUCAGAAUAAACUGAAACUAAAAGAUGACAAACCGGACAAAGCUCUGAAUGGAGACGAGGCCGCCGACUCUGAACACCAGACGAAUGAGGCAGCAGCAGAAGAGGAAGAGAACACAUGCUACUAUGACAAGACCAAGUCCUUCUUCGAUAAUCUGUCCUGCAACGACUCCAGUAAAGGGGGUGACAGAGGAUUUUCAAGGGAGCGAAGGCCCACUUGGUCCGAGGAGAGACGGAUGAACGCGGAGACGUUUGGCAUCCCUCUGAGACACAACCGAGGCAGAGGAGGCUUCCGUGGCCGCGGCUACAUGGGUCCCCGCGGAGGAAGGGGGAGGCCGAUGAGCAGAGGCUCCUUUGGCCCGCCGAGAGGUGCCCCGCCUGGAUUCCGAGGAGGAUACCGGGGCGGCAGGGGAGGCCGCGAGUUCGCCGACUUUGAAUACGGGAAGGACAGCAAGGUGGCAGCGUGAACCUGCAGCACCGGAGCAUCAGAGAAUUGUAGCCACUCGCAAUGAAAAAUGAUUCCAUCUCAAGAAACAUCUUCACUUCCUGCAUUUGACUUAACAAAAAAGAAAAAAAAAAAACCUGUCAGCGGCCCAACUCAGCGCAGCUGCUGCUCCCUUCCUCCACUUUGAGAAUGCAUUUGAGAUUUUUUUCUUUUUUGAUGUUUUUGAUAAACUUGGCCAAGCGUGUAAAUACAUGGUUUGGAGUUCCUCUGUAUUUUUGCAUUUGACCAGAUCCCACAUCUCGGCUCAGAGAGCAGAUGCUCCCUCCACUGGUUCACCUGUGUUCUCACUCGUUCCUGCUCAGAUGGCGACCUUUUCUUUCUACUUUUUUUUUUUCUUUUUACUCGAUCAUUCUCAGUGUUGUUGGGAUUCAAACCAGCUCGAAGAACAAACAAAUAAUGAAUGUCUGUUCCUGAAACACUUAAUACUUCCUCAGAAAUUUGGGGUUCAGUUGUUCUCUUUCUGUAACGUUCAAUUGUGUAUCAAAACCGCAGGUUUUAAAAUGAAACUAAUUCACCCGAGGAACCGUGACUUUAGGUUUCUUUUCGUCCUAUUAUUCUCUAGAGAUAGCCAAAAAAGUUACAUCCAAUAAAACGGACGAUUCCGGGGUCCCGACUGGACCGGCCCAAAAUGACCUCCAGUUUGUGUUUACCAAUGAGAACUUUGUCUUAAGCGCUUGUUAAUGUUCGUCCGCCAGUGUCCUAGACUCCAGUGGUGAAAGGGAUGACUCGUGGACUUGGGAGGUUUUCUUUUUUUCAGAUUGGUUAGUACUUAGGGAGUGCCUUCAGUGGGGGCGGGGUUUUUACAGCUCUCCCUUUAACUCAAUGCUCACCUUUUGACGAAACUGAGGAUAGCACUACAAGGUGGCACUAGAGUUUGAAGAAGUGUUACAGACGGAUGGUGUGAUCAUCGCUUCUUUUUUUUUUGUUUGUUUUUUUGCAACGGCCAGCACGUCGAAAUUGGGAAAACUAUGAAUAUUGACGAAGCAAAAAUGUUUUCACAGGUUUGUUACUCCUGUCACUGGAUGUGUGAACCAGGAAUUGCUUUCUUGAGAAUAACAGAAUUGAAUUUUUACAUAAAGAGUUGUACAAUAAUAA